AUGGGCGCAAAACACGAUCCCCCGCCGCUGCCCCCCGACGUCACCUACACCAGCUGCUACUGCGAAGAGAACGCGUACCUUCUCUGCGCCACCUUCUCCCAAAACGCGGACGUCGCUGCCAGCUGGGACGUCUCCGUCGCCUUCGUCUCCAACGCGCGUCAGACGGUAGCGUUAUGGAGCCAGAAGGCGUCCCGGGAUCUCGACGGGCUCGUCGUCUGGGACUACCACGUCGUGCUCUGCCUCCGCUCCCGAGCCCGGCCCGUCUCUCCUCCGUCUGAUAGCGAGGCCCGCGCUUUCGGUAAGACGACGGAUUCCGAUUCGCCGGCGAGGACGUGGAUAUACGACUUCGACACGCGGCUCGGGCUUCCGUGCGACGCGACCGGUGCGUGUCUUCGCGUGUCGUCAUACAUAUGCUACCGACUUCUAUGGACGUGCACAACCGACAUGAAAGUCUGA